GCCCGUCAGAGCCAGAUCCGUCGGCGUUCCCCCAUCUUGGCCGCCCUGGCGACCGGCCUUGUGUGGGGAUCUUGCCACUGGACUUUCGCCAGCCCAUCAGCUGGUGUUCAGCAUGAGAGCUCGACCGCCUUGACGAGAUCUUCUGGGGCAAGGACAGCUUGGGCGACAGGGAGCCUGCCCCGUGACCAUUCCUCCGUUGCAACCGCAGCAGCAGCCGCAGCAGCUCCCAACUUCUUCAGCAAGGUUUUUGCUGCCGGUGCCCAGGGUGCCACAGCCGCAUUCGUGGCGGCGAUUCUGUCUGCCAUCUGCGUUUUGGGGCACACUCUGACAGGCCUCUUGCUUCCACUAUACCUCGCAGAUCUGCAGGUGAACCGCUUGUUGGUGAAGCGAAUGACGAUCUCCGAGGCGCUGAAGGAGAUGAACUUCAAGCUCAUCUCCAACUUCUUCCUUACCACUUUCCCCACCAACAUGUUGAAGUUCCCCGUCUUCGAGAUCAUCAACAUGGCCAUGACCUUCACUGCCUUCAGCCCUGGCAUGAGUACCAAAGCUGGCAUUAAACGGGCCACACAAGGGGGUGCAAUUCGGUGA